AUUAACAUUAUACAAUGGCGUCAUCUUCCAAGCCAGUAAUGGAAAUGGAAGUUGAGAGCACACCAAAGCCAAAUUGGCUUGAACUUCCAAGAGACCUUACAACCAACAUACUCCCAAGGCUUGACUCCUUCGAAAUCCUGACGACUGCACGAAAUGUGUGUCCUUAUUGGUGGAACAUUUGCAAAGACUCUCGCAUGUGGCGCACCAUUCACAUGAGCGAUAUCCACAUGUUACGUUGUGAUUCAUCUAAUUUGUUAAAGAUUUGUUGCUAUGCUGUUGACAAAAGCUGUGGUCUGCUUGAAGACAUCUAUAUCAAGUAUUUUGGAUCCGAUGAUCUCCUCAAAUAUGUAGCUGAUAGAGCAAGUAAUUUAAGAUGCUUAAAGAUUGAAGAAUGCCUUCGAUCAACUUCUAAAGAAGGAUUUUGUGAAGCUGUGAAGAAACUUCCACUGUUAGAGGAGCUUGUUAUUUCUAAUUGCCACUUCCUCUAUAGAGUUUCUUUUGAUAUUAUUGGUCAACAUUGCCCUCUGUUAAAAUCGUUGAUUCUUCAUUAUGGUUCUUUUGAUGCUCGUCAGACAUGUGAUCAACAAGCCUUUGAUGUAGCACGAACAAUGUCUGGAUUGCGCCAUCUUAAGUUGUUGAAUAACAACCUUACGAAUGAUGGAUUGUUGGCAAUUCUGGACGGUUGUCCUCUUCUUGAAUCACUUGAUCUACGUGGAUGUUUUCAUCUUGAUUUGAGUGGAAGCAUAGGGAAAAGAUGUAAGCAGCAGGUUAAGAACUUGUGUCUUCCAACUGAUUUUAUGGAUGUGUCAAAUAACACUUGCGAUGAUCCUUUUUUGGUUAGUUUACAGUUGCAUCGGAUUUGUUCUGAUUUGUUUGAAGGUUACGAUUUUUCUCAUUUGGGUCCGGAUGAUUUGGAUUUAUCGGAUGAUUUGGAUUUUUCUGAUGAUUUGGAUUUUUAGUUUUCGUUGUUGAAAAGAUUGUUGGUGUUUCUUGGUGCUGGUCAUGUUUAAGUUUUUUAAUAUAUGUUAACCUUCCUUUAUCUGGGUAAAGUGUUUUUGUUAUUAUAUGUAGUUUGGCCAACAGCUCUCGUUUGGUGAAAACUUGGAUUGUUGGCUCAACUCAUAAUUUUUAUUUUAAUACAAUUUUGUUGAA